UUCAUCUUUUAAAAUGUUCGUGUAAACAUUGAAGUUGAAAAAAUUACGCAGUUAACAGGUUAAGCUUUAAAAAAGAAUAGACUAAUAAACAAAUAUAAGUUAUAACCCAGAUGCUAUUCUCCCAUAAUUUCUUUUAUUUUCCUUUGCUUGUGUAAACAUGUUAACAAUUAUAUUAUAUCCGCGUCAGUUUAAAUAACAUCGUAAACACGUUCAUUACGGACUGAGUGGCAUCGGACAGGUUUUAUUCGUCUGUAAUUUGUCAGUAGUGAUUUGUACGGUCAAAAGUCAACCGAUUAGCAGAUUAAAAUGAAUCCGAAAACUUUUCAUUGGCUUUCUGUACUUUAAAUUGUCGACAUACCAAAUGUACGAUCGAUUACUCAUGGGUAGUACCAAUCUUUCACGAAUGUUCGUAACAUGGAAAGAAAGAUUAUGUGCCUUCGUUGAACACGGUGUUUAAAGAGCUCCAACAGAUUGGAGCUAUCCGAAAAAUAAAUCGUUGUAAAAAUGUAAAAAUUAACAAUUGCCUUUCGGUACUGGACACGUUAAAUACGCUUGUAUUGAUGCGACAUUAGUAACGUUGCACCUAUAUAGGUUACAAGUUCUUUUUAAAUAUCGAGGAUCUAUUGAUUUGACGUUCGAUCUAUUCGUUGUCGUUAUGUUGUCGCGGAAAAAUAAAGAUUUGCGAACAAUCAAGGAAGGAGUUGUUGGAAAAUAUGUUAAAAAGGAAACACCGCCUGAAAUGCCCAUUAUUAAUGUAUGGACCACAGAACCUAAUAGAAGAACAAGGAAUCGUAAUAAUCAUCCAACUAUUCCCACAUCUAUGUCCAUCCCACAACAACCCAGUAUGGUACAAAAGUUUGGAAACACUAAAACAACAAUGAGUGCUGUAGGUUUAGGCAGUCACGAGGGAAAAUAUACUCCUAAUAGUUCAGUUCCAGAUUUGGCUCAGAGAUUUGCCAGUCUCUCUGUUAAUACAAGUACAAGGGAUGGAUUGCCAUCUCGUACAGCGACACCAAUGUAUCAUUCUGGACUAUCGCCUGCUAUAUCACACACUUAUGUUAAUCAAUAUGCAGGAUCUGAAUACCACUUAGACAGAGUUCAAACACCACAGAUGCCUUAUAAAUCCUUUGACAUCGACUCAGGUUAUGAAGAGUAUAAUCACUCUGUAUAUCGUCAAAAUACAGGAUACAGUCGAUGUCACUCAGAAAGAUCCAGUUCUAGGAAUGAACAACAGGAGGAACUUCCUCUACCACCCGGAUGGUCUGUUGAUUUUACCCUUAGAGGUAGAAAGUAUUACAUAGAUCAUAAUACAAAAACUACCCACUGGUCUCAUCCUCUUGAGAAAGAAGGUUUGCCCACAGGUUGGGAAAGAAUAGAGUCACCCGAAUAUGGUGUUUAUUAUGUUAAUCAUAUCACACGACAAGCGCAAUACGAGCAUCCGUGUUAUCCACAUGAAAUACAAGCAGUCCGCGUUGUGUCACCGCCACGCCAUACGCAUUUUCAUUCUCAUAGUGUCUUAGUCCCAGCUAAUCCUUAUCUUAACGAAGAAAUACCUCAUUGGUUGUAUGUAUAUAGCAGAGCUUCGGUAGCGUUAGAUCGUAAAUUGCGAUGGGAACUCUUUCGUUUACCUGAACUCGACUGUUUCAAUGCCAUGCUUACAAGAUUGUAUAAACAAGAACUAGAGGAAGUCGUUAUGCGUUAUGAAGAAUACAGGUCAGCUUUGUUAUGCGAGAUGGAACAAAGAUUAAAAGAACUAAAUCCUGAAACUUCUAGUUCCUCGUCUGGAGCAAUUGCCCUACGACAAUCUCUUCCAUGAAUAAGAACAAAGAGCAUUUUAAGGUUUCUUAUAUUUUAUGAAUUGACAAGAGUUCCUGCAAUGCAAGAGAAAGAAAUAGACCAGGAUAUUGUUACAAUUAUACAUAUAAAUAGGAUAAACCUAGUAAAAUUAUAUUUUUUUUAAUCUAUUUUAUAAAUUAUCAUUUAAUAAAUUAGUAAUAACUGUCAGAUAUUUCUUCAGAUAUUUCUUUAGAUUAAACACUUUCCGGAACUAUUGCUUCUUGUUCUACUACUUUGAAUUGUUUACCACGUAUCACAUGGAUAUUCGCAUCUGGGCGGUGACUGAUUAGUUUAGAUUCUGUAACAGAUAUAAUUUACUUUAAAUAUGAUCAUUUCUA